CAAAAAUGAUCAGUUGCUAGUUGAUACUUAUUACUAGAUACGGAUUUACUGUGCUAAAAUAAAAUAGAAUCAUUAAAUAAUUACAAAUAUUAGUCAGUAUUUUAUCAUACAUUUCCUUUAUUGACAAAAAUAUUUCAUGUUUGGUUUGAGGUACUGUAACGAAACGCAUACACAGCUAAUCUUUUUUGACAGGAGUGCAUCGGAGAUAAAAAAAUGUUAUUUUGUUAAAUAUUUUUUGUAAAUAUUUGUUCAAUGAGCUGUUGUAGAAUGUGAUCACAAUGGGUGGCUGCAUCGGAAUCACUAGAAGCAGAAGUGGACCAAUCGAAGAAUCUUCGGGUACCGUGUCGCGUCCCAAUUCCGGUGGGUUGAGGAAGAACCAGUCGCUUUGCCACGAGACGAUAAGGUGGAAAUCUGACGUGCCACUGACGGAAGGUCAACUGAGGAGCAAGAGAGAUGAGUUUUGGGACACAGCUCCCGCGUUCGAGGGUCGGAAGGAGAUCUGGGACGCGCUGCGGGCGGCGGCGGUCGCGGCCGAGGCGAUGGACUUUCAGCUAGCUCAAGCCAUUCUGGAUGGGGCCAGUGUCUCUGUCCCUAAUGGCUAUUUGACUGAAUGCUAUGAUGAAUGGGGAACAAGAUAUCAGGUGCCCAUCUACUGUCUGUCUCCGCCUAUAAACAUGGUGAAGGAGGCCAGCGGGCGGGACUCGCCGGCCGAGUGGUCGGAGCCCGUGGAAGGCGGCGCUGAGAUGAACCUGAGACUGAGGCUGUCGAGCACGUGCCGCGACGUCGAGCUGGCGGUAUACUCGCGCCACACGAUCGCCCAGUGCAAGAACAAGCUACAUGCUCAGGAGAACAUCGAGCCGUGGCGGCAGCGUUGGUUCUACGGCGGGAAGCUCCUCGGGGACCGGCUGCUGGUGGAGGAGGCCCGCGUCACGCCCGGAUACGUGGUGCAGCUAGUGUCCGCAGGUAACCGAUACACUGAUACACCCUCUGCCGUCUACACUACGCAUACAGAGUACACUGUCACCGCUGACACAUCAAACUCGUCUCGGACUCAGCGAUCAACCUUCUUGGCGACUGAAGUUACCCGCUCAACCUUUUUGUCAACCGAAGUCACCUCUGACACAUCGGAAUAUGUAAAAACUGGAGGGGGUUCGACUCUCAACGUUUUUGGUCACCGCAGGUUCCGCAAAUAG